CACACAGCACUGGGAGGAGGAGUUGAGCUCAGCCGCGCUUCAAUACAUUUAACCUCUUCCCAUUAUGUGUCAGUGCUGCUGUUGAAAAGAGUUUGAUAGUUUUCAGUUUUUCAGGAAAAUGGGUAACCGGACUGGGAUGUUAUUUCUUUUGCACUGGGAAAUGAGCGUUUCAACACCUGCUCAAAAAAGGUAACUUAAAUUUUUGCAAGGAUUAAAUAGUUAAAACUUACCUAUACAUCUUCAUAAUGAGUGUACACUAAUCUUGCAAAUCACGCUUAACUGGAUUACAUAGUUUCUUAUCUUUUGUUAAAAAACGUAUACUCAGUGGACCAACACAAUAUUAUUAUGUAUAUAUUAUAUAUAUAUUCUUGCUUUCCUUUAUGGAAUUUAAAGGUUUUGAGUCAUUUGAUGUUACAUUUCAUGUUACUGACUCUGACUGUAGUACUUUUACUCAGACUACCAACAAACCACUGCUGUGAGCUAAAUGGCAUUACUUAUGAAGUUUUAACUUUUUUUAAAAAAAGAAACUUGUUCAGGUGGGAUUAGCCUCUAUUUAUAGACUUCCCUUUUGUUUAAGAAUUCUAACAAUAGCCUGUAAUUAUGAAGAAAUAAAAUUUAAGUACAUAAGCGUGAACUGUUUGCCUAUUUUUUCAAAAGGAUGCGGAGCUGUAAAGCAACAUGCAGAUGUAAUGUGAACGUUAGAAGGUGCUCUGUUUGUAGUCUGAUGGGAGGUGGUUAAUUUUCCAAGAAACAAGCUGCUUGAAUGGUGGGGUUAGCUGAAGUGCAUACUGAUCCCAUUUGUCACUUGCUUCAUUAGGAGUCGUGGCAGUUUCAUUGAAAAUUCAUGCUACAUCUGCCUCAGGAUUUUUGCCUGCACAAGGUUUGCAAUGCUCAAAUGUUACAUCCUUAGUAUUCCUUUGUGAAGUUAUGUCAGCAUAUCACGUGCUCUCAACAUAAAGCACGUUCCCUUGGCUUGGUAAAUCUUUAGUUUGACCCAGAGUAUUCUUCUCAAUAUGGUGCAUCCCAUCUUCACGGCAAGAUGUGGACGUAGACUGCUUGGUCAGUGGUUCAGGAGUUCCAGCAGCCUUUUACAUGUCUUUGAUACUUCUGUUACAGCAGCUAUCAAUAUUAAUGGACCCACCUAAGUGGCCCCAAAUAUAUAUUUUUUUCUGGUUAUCUUUUUAAUGAUGCAUCAGUUGGAUUAGGCAAUGUCAUAUUUUCAUUAAUUUCAUCAGAUUUAUACACAUCCUUGAGGUCAUUUGCAACCCUCUGUGGGCUGGUUUUUUUUCUUUUCUUUUCAAGUCCUCUACCAAGUUUACAUCUUGGACAUACUUUGGCCUCCGACUGUGCUGCUUUCAACCUUGUAUUCCUUGCAAAUUUUGAGCUGUCCAUAUGAUUCUAUCAUGAAACUGAAAGUAGUUGCUGUUCACUUUGAAUAAUUUUGUAUCCUUUUCGGUCUUUGUCCAACUUACUGUCUUAUGAGGUUCUGUUGUGUAAAAGUUCCUUGAAUUCACAGCGAACCAUUGCACUUUUUAUUUAAGAGAUUAUCUAAUGUUAUUGGCCACUUGACAGCUACGUUUCCAAUGUGAGGUAACUUAAUAAGAAAUUGUAUCAGUGGCAUGUACUGGGGAUUAAUGUUAAGGAUCUGUUAUCACUGCCAAGUACUGACAAAGAAUAAAAUGGCAAUAAAGGUGCUUAAUAAAGGACCUGACAUACUGAGUUGACUUGUCUGGGAAUCUGUCUGCUACUUUAAGCCUGGAGAUAUGAUGUGACAAGGAAUGCUAACCCUUCUGCUCAACUCUUAAAAUCUGUUGUGUCCAACAUCAGUAUUGGACUUACUGGUUUCUUUGGUUAUACACAUUUCCUUGCCAUCCUUUGCCACCUGACAUGCCAGCUGUAUGUCACUUCUUCACACAAACAGCAUCCAGUUGUCAGAACUCUGUUGCUUACUGUUGUUUCCCCACUGACUUGUCAAUAGUUUCAUUUAGCUAUUGAAAUCUAAAAUUCAGUGUCUCAGAAUUAAAAUUUUUAGCAAAACUGUAACUUCAGUAUUGGAAUGCUUUAGUUAUUCUUUAGCCUGAAUCUUCAAAUACGUGCAUUGUGUUUUACAAUACUGACAGAAGAGUAUUUUUCAUUGAUAACAUUUUUAGAUAAUAAAAUAAAGGAAACAGAGUUGAAUUAUAGGGGGCUAAAAUGAAGAAAGUAACGUAUCUGUUAAAAAUGUUGUCAUAUCUAGUCUUCACAGAAUGCUCUUGAAUUUAAUUCUGUUGUUUAUUAGAGUGGUGGUUGGGAUUCCCAUGCAUCCAUUGUUUACCUUGAGAUGGAAGAAGAUUUGUCUUGUGCAAUUGUAAAUCACAAGAAAAUGUCAAAUUAAAGCAGACUGUCAGCAGUUAUUAAUUGAAGUGGACAGUAAUCUUCCCAAAUUGAAGAUCCUUCCUGAUGCAAGUUUGAAACUUACUUUUUGGGUCACCAGCAUCAGACCUCAACGUGGCAUUGCAUGAGUGCAUGGCAGCUCUGGAUUUAUUUCUUAGCAACAAGUUCUCAGAUGCUUUGGCUUCUUUACAAGCAAAAACUAAAGACAGUAUGUACCAUGCACUGACUUAUGCCACCAUACUGGAAAUGCAGGCUAUGAUGACAUUUGAUCCUCAGGACAUAAUGAAUGCAGGAAACACCAUGAAGGAAGCUCAAGCCACCUGUCAAAAAUUUAGGAAGAAAUCUACAGUAGCUGAUUCCAUCAACAACCUUGUGCAUAGACAAAGCCUUGAAAACUUUACUGAAGAGGAAAUCCAUGCAGAAAUUUGCUAUGCUGAAUGUUUACUUCAAAGAGCAGCACUCACAUUCCUUCAGGAUGAGAAUAUGGUUAGCUUCAUAAAAGGAGGCAUCAAAGUCAGAAACAGUUACCAAACAUACAGGGAACUGGACAGUCUCAUACAGUCUCCCCAUUAUGUCAAAGGAGAGAACCAUCUUCAUUUUGAGGGAGGUGUAAAGCUUGGGGUUGGAGCCUUUAAUUUGACAUUGUCCAUGUUUCCUGCACGAAUUCUGAGAUUACUGGAGUUUGUUGGGUUUUCUGGAAACAAGGAACGUGGUCUGCUGCAGCUUCAAGAAGGAGCAUCCUCAUACAGCUUUAGGUCGGUGCUGUGUACCAUGCUGUUGCUUUGCUAUCAUACUUUCAUGACCUUUGUGUUAGGGACAGGAAAAGGAAAUGUUGAGGAGGCAGAAAGGCUACUUAAACCUUACUUGGCUCGCUAUCCAAAGGGAGCCAUAUUCCUGUUUUUUGCAGGCAGGAUAGAAACACUGAAGGGUAAUAUUGAUGCGGCAGUUAAUAGGUAUGAAGAGUGCUGUGAGGCUCAGCAAUACUGGAAGCAGUUUCAUCACAUGUGUUACUGGGAGCUCAUGUGGUGCUUCACCUACAAGCGCCAGUGGAAGAUGGCCUUCUUUUAUGCAGAUCUACUAAGCAAAGAAAACACCUGGUCGAAGGCUACCUACAUUUACAUGAAAGCUUCCUAUCUCAGCAUGUUUGGGCCAGACGACUGCAGUCCUUUUGGAGACAAUGAAAUUGAAUUAUUUAGGAUUGUUCCCAGCUUGAAACUGAAAAUCGCAGGGAAAUCACUGCCUACAGAAAAGUUUGCCAUUCGGAAAGCUAGACGGUAUCUUUCUUCAAACCCCGUUCCUUUACCUGUUCCACCUCUGGAGAUGAUGUAUAUCUGGAAUGGCUAUGCUGUGAUUGGACAAUGUCCCAAUUUAACAGAAGGCAUGUUAGAGACUUUAAUUGAAGCAGAAGAAGCAUUGGCAAGAAGUUCAGCUACGGAAUUGCUAGCAGAUGACCAGUGCGUGAUAAAACUGUUAAAGGGUUUAUGCCUCAAGCAUUUGGGCAAGAUCUCAGAGGCAGAAGGCCAUUUUAAUUACAUCUACUUAAAUGAGAAGAAGAUAAAAUACGACCAUUAUUUAAUUCCAAAUGCCUUGCUGGAGCUUGCGUUGCUGUAUCUGGACCAGGACAGAAGAGAAGAAGCAAUAAAACUACUAGAAAGAGCAAAACAAAACUACAAGAAUUACUCCAUGGAAACGAGAACACAUUUCAGAAUUCAAGCUGCCCUGCAUCAAGCCAAAUCUGCCCCAGAAAAUGGAAUGCACUCUGGAGCCUCGGCAGUGUCGUAACUUUCCCUUCUUUGAUGUCCUGUUUGUGGCAGACUUUGGUGCAGACAAUUACUGACGCUUCAGAAUUAUUUUUCCUUCUCUUUCAAGUCGGUGAGAAAUCAAGUCAUUCCAAAUUUUAGAGGCGAUACAUAAAACAUUAAUGUAAAACACAGCAAAAACUCUCAAACCAACCAUAAUGCAUAAAACAUUUGUUUUUCCAACAGUCGCUUUUCAAACACUCACAUUUGUGUAACUCUCCUCUCAAUCGUGUGCCUUUUCUUGCUUGUGUUCGCAACAUCUGCUAAGCAAGAUGCAACAUCAAGUGCAACAACUGGAAAAACAAACAACCCCUAAACCUUUUGGGGGUCACGGGAUUAAUCUGUUAGCUUUAAGCACUCAUCUGGAUUCAUGCUGCUAGCAGUUGAGAACGAAGCAUUGCUUUUUCCAAAUAUCUGCUUGCUUGAAAUGAUGUGAGAAUGGUGCACAAGAAGCACAGCAGGGAGGAGCUCUGAAUUCUGGGCAUUUUCAGUUGUGCAUAGAAUCUUUUCUGUAGCUUUUAGUAGUUACUUUUUUGCUGCUCUAAGAAACUUACUGGUGGAAAAAAGCCAUGCAAGUUCCUUGAUUUUUCUUCAGUCUUCACGUCAAGUCUGCUGCUUGUUAUGGCUGAAUGAUCUAUGGGGGACUGGGGCCAGAGAAAAAGAUAGUGGCAGGAUAAAGCUGCAUCACUGCUUUGAAAAGUUAAAGAAUUGGAGGACUUCAGGAAAAACAGUUCUGUCAUCAGAACAAAUAUAAUUUAAAGUUUCUAUUGUAUUUAAAGCAGAAGUCCUUGAAGGUCACUUAAGAAACAGCAACAUACCACUGGAUGCAGAGCCGUGUGCAGUCACUGUGACACUUCCUCCUUACAGUGGUUGUUGAUGGGUUUGCCUGCUUGAGAUGUCCAUGUUUGAAGAUGUGCAUGGCAAUGUUUCUUGCGGUAAGGAGCUCGAGUUGGAGCAGGCUCUUCUGGCACAGUGCUCUGCCCUUUACAAAAGAGAGCUACUUUCCUUUUUGCUUUUUCUUGGUGUUUUUGGAGAAUCGUGAGCAAGGGGGUGUGCUGAGAACAGAGCAAAGGGCUAUAGCUCUGCAUCCCAUGUUGUCUGCCCUAUCAUUGCUGCUUUUCUGCAGAACUGGUAGUCAGAGGUAACACGUUUUCACAGUACUCACUGUUCUCCAGGCCAGCUCCGUGUUUGUGUACACCUGUGUUUUUUGAGGGCACACUUCUACCUCCCUUUUGAGAGAGAUUCUUCCCAGUAACCCAUUUUGAUGUGUGGAGAUGGGAGGUUUUCUGAUGGCCCUUUUUCUCCAAUGGAGAUGCUUGUCAGGAAGAUUCGUACAGAAGUACCUCACAGUGAAUAUUCUUGCUGAAGUGAUUGUUCCUAGCAAAAGAGAAGAUUGGCAGUUUAUAGCUCUGCUUUUACCUCUCCUAAGGAAAUGUCAUUGUUUUAUAAUGCAAAUUAAUAUGCAGGGAGACAGAACCACCUGUUCCUCAGCACUGAGAACUUGCAUUGUGUUAAAAAUAGACACCCUUUAUAAAAGUCUUCUCCAGUUAAAAUUAUAGAUGAAAAAUUCAUUUUUUAAAGUGAUUUUCUCGUAUCAAUUCAGUUUAGGUAAAUUUCUCAGUUCAGAUACAACUCAGUAUGAACAGUUAACGCUAUUUACGUAUUGCACAUCAAAACUUAAGUGUAAAAACUCAGUCAUUCUUUGUAUAGAAUAAAAAAGAUUCUUGUUCUA